AUGGCGGACGAGAGCGCCCCCGCUUAUUGCAGGGAGCGCCCUGAAUGGGUCAACGAGCUUCUCGAUUUCAUCAAGCCCAUGAAGGUCAAUUUUCAUCAGCCGCUCGGCCCCGAUAUGAAGAUCAAGGUGAACAUGCUGAUCAGUAAGAGUAAGAAGCACGACCGCAGCGACUUCACAGCCGAAGUCCCCAUGUCGUUCAUUAACUUUGAGGCAACUGCAAUACCUGGCGUGUGGCCAUUGCAGGGGGCUGUGGCUCGUACGAAGGAGUUCUUCAUGCAGACCACGGACAACGGGGAAGCGCCUCCAUUCCCGCCCCCCGGGGUGAUCAUGGAGAUGGCCAUGUAUCGGGCACCGCUCGAGGAGUCGGACAUGGGUACCUUCCAGAGGCUCAACCUCGACCGGUACUUGUUCGCUUGGAUAUCUGCGUUUCGGGACGCAGCUAAUGCAGCAGGUGUCACCGACAUUUUGACUGCCCCGGCCGUUGAGAGCUGGCGCAGGGUCUUCAACAACGUCCACAUGCAUUUCGCGUUGCUGCGCGGCGACAGCACCGACGCGCAGGCGGACCGCAAGCUCGUCGUGGCCUACCAGCUGAACGAGAACGACGAGAAGGCCGCGGAAGACAUCGGGCACAGUGUCUUGCAGCGUGGCCGGGAACUUGAAGUGGCGGACAUGCUCCGCACCAUCAAAUGGGCCAACUCGGAGACCACGAUGGGCGUCAAGAACAUCCGCUUGCACUUGCGCGUUCUGCGUAGGUUGAGCAUGGCCGUGGCGGACCCGGGCAGACCCGCUCACAUGGAGAGCGCAUUGUGGUGGUUCGAGCGCAACGAGGAGAUCUUCGGGAGACGGAAUCCGGCUGUUUCCAUCCAGGAGUCACCGAAAUAUUUGGACGCGUUCUGUGCCGCGCUGCCCGAUCCCAAUUUCCUGCGCGACGCUGCUGAAAACUUGCACAUCGCUCUCCUCCGCGGGCAUUCGCUCCGGGGGGGCAGGUACGUGGCUGAACACGCCCGCGCGCUGGCCUGCAUGAACAAGAUCCCAGCGGCCAUUUUCGCGCGGUUCCCGGCAUGCGAAUCCUUGCUCUCGGCGUUCAAGACGUUCAAGGCAUUCCAUGCGGCCCACCCUGUCGGCCGCAAGCUGGACGGGACGGCGGUGGACGAGAUCGCGGAGCUGCCCAUCCACGCGCAGGAGUCGGUCGAGAAGAUCGUCCAGGAGAUCUUCUGGCCCGUUUUCGAUGGCAAGCGGUACCAGAAUUUGAUGGUCCUGAGCAGCGCGACGUCGCCGCUGCAGGUCGGCUUCAUCAAGGAACUCCUCGCCGAUGUCGAUGCGGCCUACGCCGCGGAGCGACCGGCGCUCACGGGCAAGGUGGGGGGCGGGAGCGGCGGCCAUGGGCCCGACGACCCCGAGGGCGCCGAAGUCGUGGACGAGGCGCCCCUGUCCGAAGACGAGCUGGAGCACCUCCGUCAGCAGCGCAAGGCGCAGCUCAAGGAGGAGACGGGCAAGCUCGCCGAAGAGUUCCUCAGGAGAAACGUCGUCAAGCACCACUACGGGGAACCCCAGUUGCCAGAUAAGGUCAAAGCCCCUGGCUUCAUGCGCGACGGCGUCACCAAGCUCUUCUGGUGGAACUCUGGGCUCGACGCUACGAAGGACCCCCCUAAGUACAGCAGCCCCUACAGGAUGAAAGCGGGCGUCGAUGAUGCACACAUGAAGUUGGCAAUGUCGACCGCGUGCGAGGCUGCUGGCGACGACGACGCGAUCAUCAUGCUGAGCGGCAGGAACAGGUUCAUCCUCGAGAGCAUGAUGAAAGAGCUGCUCAGCUACAAGCCGAAACUGUUCCUGAACGAGCUGCACAUGGAGCCAGACGACGCUGAUGCCAUGAAAAAGCUGCGCGCCUCCAGGUCCCCGGCCGGCUCCGUCGACCUCCGCGAGAGUUACCUGCAGGCCCGCAAGAAGAAGAGGACGGCCAAGGGCGAGGACCGCCGUUUCGUGAAGGGCAACACUGCCUUCAGCACGACGCGCCCCAUCCCUAUGCUCGAGCUUGCGAACAUGACCAAAGUGCCGCCGCAUGAGAGGGAGAAGAUCUUCCGGGGAGUCCAAGCCGACGGCAAGUACGCCGGCAGGAAGACGGAGGCCGGGCUUCACGAGCCCAACGAGGCGGAGGAAGGCGACGACGCGGAGGAAGGCGAUGAUGCGGAGAUCGCGGAUGGCGAGGAGAUCGACGGCAAGGGCAACGUGGUGCUCUUCUACAUGGAGUUGCACCCGAACCUCUGCGCCGAGUUCUUGCGGGCCAGCGACGCUGGCGUCCUCAUCGAUUUCUCGCCCGGCGCAGCCAUGAUGAUCAAGACCGCGCUGCUCAUGGGCGCGAAGGCCCUGUUCGUGGCGCUGAACAAGGACCACAUGAACACGAUCAUGAACAUCUUGAUGGCUUUCGUUAAAGACCACAUAGAGGCUGGCACGCAGCGGUUCCUGGGGGCGGAGGGCGAGAAGCGCCUGAAGGACGCCAUGCCCGCAAAGCUUCGCCGCUGGGAAGAGAAGUCGGGGAAGAUCGCAGAGGACGCUGCCGCCGCCAAGAAGCGCGCGGCCGCUGCGGCGGGCUGGGAGACCCAGCUACAGGCCAUGGCAGACGGAGAGCCAGUGGCGAAGAGAGCAAAGACAGCGGCAAAGAGGGCAGCGGCGAAGAAGGAUGAGGCGCCAGGCAAGAAAGCCGAGGGCGCAGACACGACGCCGCAGGGCAAGAAACCAGAGGGCGCGGGCAGCACGCCGGCCUCAAAUGCUUCUCCAGCAGUGGGCAGCACGCCGGCCUCAGGGAGCAAGCCCGAAGUUGCUGCGCCCGUGGGCGAUUUGGCGUCCCUUCUCAAGAAGUUUGAUGGGAAGUAG